CCGGAGCCGGGCAGGGGGCCGGCUCUGCCUCCCCCUCUCUCCAAUGGCGAGGCCGCCCCCGGCCCCUCCUUGCCGUGACGUGCCGGCCCGGGGCAGAGGAGGCUCCCGAGCCUUUGGCUGUCCCUGCAGAAGCUGUAACAAAACGCAGACCCCCAGCGCCGAGCUAAUGGAGGCAACUUAGACAGAAGCAGGCGCGGCCCCUCGUCUCUCGGCGCUGCCCGCUCCCCCCGCACCGGGCGCGGCGCUCCCCGCCGAGCAGCCGCCCGAGAGCCGCCGGGCCCGCGGGACUGCCUGGCCGCUUGCGCUGCCCCGAUGAUGUUACCGAGCCCCGUCACCUCCACACCCUUCUCUGUCAAAGACAUCCUCAACCUGGAGCAGCAGCAGGACCCGCAUUAUGGGGCCCAGCUCCCGCACCACCUGGAGCACCACUUCCACCCCGCUGCCUGCCUGCUGGCGGCCGCCGACGGCGCCCGCUUCUCCGACGGCGAGGAGGAAGAGGAGGAGGAAAAGCUCUCCUACCUGAGCCCCAUGGCAGCGCCCGGCAGCCAGGCGGACGCGCGGAUCUCCGCCGACAGCUACGUUCACGCCGUGCUGCGUAGCUCCUGCGAGGCGCCCGGCCCGGGAGAAGAGCUGGACCCGGCGGUCCGAGACCCAAAGAGCUGUGUUUUGAAGAAGCCGCUGGACGCAGCGGAGAAGGCGGAGGAGACGGAGAGGCCGAAGCAGCGGAGCCGGAGGAAGCCGCGCGUACUCUUUUCCCAGGCGCAGGUCUUCGAGCUGGAGCGUCGGUUCAAGCAGCAGCGUUACCUGUCGGCGCCCGAGCGGGAGCACCUGGCCAGCAGCCUCAAGCUCACCUCCACGCAGGUGAAGAUCUGGUUCCAGAACCGGCGCUACAAGUGCAAGCGGCAGCGGCAGGACAAGUCGCUGGAGCUGGGCGGCCCCGCGGCCCCGCCGCCGCCGCGCAGGGUGGCCGUGCCCGUGCUGGUCCGUGACGGCAAGCCGUGCCUCGGCGGGUCGCAGGGCUACAGCUCGGCGUACAACGGGCCCUACUCCUACAAUGGCUUCCCCGCCUACGGCUACGGCAACGCAGCCUCCUACAAUCCCGGCUACGGCUGCACCUACCCGGCGGGGACCGGCGGCGCGUCCAUGCAAGCCGCCUGCAGCCCGGCGGCGGCCGCCAGCCCCUUCGUGAACGUGGGCGGCCUCGGGGGUUUCAGCGGCGGCGGCCAGCCGCUGCACCAGCCGGCGGCGGGGCCUUCUUGCGGCCAGGGCGCACUGCAGGGCAUUCGGGCCUGGUAGCCCGCACGCACUGAGGGUCGGGAGCGGACCGACAGGACGGCCCGGCGGCUCCGCGGCCCCGUUAGCACCCGCACCGCAGCCCGGCUGCGCGCCACGCGCCCUGGACCAGCG